GCGGCGGCCGGCCGCCCAUGCUGCAGCUGGGUCUUCUUCAGUCUCGUUCCAGCAUUAGCAGGAGCAAGGGCCGCGACUGUGCCAGCCGGAGGAGCAAGUAGCGACUGUGCCAGCAACAGGAGCAAGUAGCGACUGUGCCGUUCUUCACCCAGUGAACCAUCACUACCAUGGAUAGGGAGAGGGUGCAGCGCCAAGACAAUGGGACGGGGAGGGAGGUACCUUUCAGCGAUGGUGAUGUCGGCUCAGCCAGUGGUGCUGAUGACAUUGUGACUGCUAAAAAUGGAGCUCGGGUAAAGCUGCGAGGACCUAUUGAGAAUCCAUGGAGCCAUGGUGAGAAGUGGAAACAAACUGGAUGGAGUUGUAGUUACUGUAUAGCUAGAAAGGGAAGUGGAGGUGCAACUCGUCUCAGAAAUCAUCUAGCUGGUUUACAAGGGGAUGUUGUGCCUUGCCCUAAUGUACCAAGGUUUGUGAGGAGGAUAAUGUUGGAUAAUGAUGCACAAGGGAGAAAAAGGAGGGCUGAUACAAAAGAACAUCGUCUCUAUGUGGAAAAAGCAAUUCAGGAUAAAGCAUAUGAGGAAUAUAGAAAUGCCAACAUUCCUCGUGAUGAAGCGGGGCAGAUUGAUUGGGCAUUAAAAGAAUCAUUGAGGGAAACUUGGGGAAGUGGUAGCAGCCCUCCUUUUGGUAGGGUAGGUAGCAGUACCCCUCCUUUAGGUAGGGCAAGUAGCAGCACCCCGCCUUUGGGUAGAGCAAGUUGCUCGGGUACUCAGACAAGAAUGGAUAGGUUUUAUCGGAGUCCAAGUGUUUCACAAGCUCCAUUUGAUAUAGAUUUGGCACGUAGCAUUGCACCCAACAGCUUAGAGUGGACACUAUGCUGCAAGGGGGGGAUGCCAAAGCAAGACUUGGAAAAGCUUUGGCCAAGUGGUUCCAUUCUGAUGAUAUUCCUGGUAGGAAAGCAGAUAACCCAUAUUUUAUAGCAGCCAGUAAAUUAGCUCAACAGCUUGGUGAGGGUGUGUCUAUUCCGACAGGAAG